ACAUGACGUCAGCUGGGUUUGAGCAUAAAAACAACAGAGUGGGCGUUGUGAAGAGUUUGGUGCUUUCUUUUGCUAUUUCUCCGGAAAACUUUUUCAAAAAUGGUGCAGCAACUCGCCAAAUCUGGAGCGAAGGAGUCUCCUUUGCUGAAAGCUGGCCACCCUCCAGCAGUGAAGGCUGGAGGUAAACGGGUGGCCAAGAAAGGCUUGGAAGAGAGUGCCACCCAUGGGACUCCAGAGAAGGAAACCAAGAGGUCUGAUAAAUUGAGCAGGUCCCUCGCCACCUCCAACAGGAUGCAACAAGUUGGUAUUCUUCUGGCAGGAACUCUUGACAAGCUGAGCCACGAAUUUCCAGAGACGCCAGUGAGUGUGAGGCACAGCAAGGUGCGACCUGCAGUGGAGAAGCCCCACUCACCCCGGACCUUUUUCAUCCAGCAGCCGAGGAAGUUUUGAACAACAUGUGUUUGAGAAAGCCCCAGAGGGAACCUUGUUAAGUCAACUGUGAAAGACAAACAUUAAGUGUUAGAAAACAUGAGGGGACUGACAGGUUGUCUGUGAAGUGUUGAUGGGAAGACAGCUUUCAUCAAGCUCUGUAUUUAGAAGAGAAAAUGGGUUUUUCAGCCUGUGCUUAUUUGUGAGCGCACUAUAAACCAGCAUUUAACGUGCCUUUCCUAGUGUUGUAAGUGAAAUGUUGUAGUUGUAUUUACCAGCUGGUGGAAAAGUGGAUGGCAUUUUGGUAUGAUUAAUGUGAGGGUUGGGGUUCUAAAGUCAGGUUUUUGAUACAUUUCUUCUCUCCAGUGAAAUCUUCACUAUGUAUUGCUUCGCACUUAUUAGAUUUAUUAAAAAAUAAAUUGCAUGGCAUCA